CGUAAUCCUCUACGUCAACAGGAAACGUGAAAAAUAAACAACAGAGGCCAGCGAUCUCCGUUAGCUGUCCGUGUUUUUAACUGAACGCGGAUUUAAUUUGUUGUUUCAUCGACAUCUUUGUUUCCUCCGCGGGCUUUUGUUCAUCUCCGAGGUGUUAGCUGAGAGAAGCUAACGGAGCUAGCUGCCUUCACGGUAGCAUCAAACCAAAAUGGAUGAUAACAAGAUGGUGGCUGGCAAAGUAAAGAAACCUGGCAAACGGGGACGCAAACCUGCAAAGAUCGACCUGAAGGCCAAACUGGAGCGAAGCCGUCAGAGCGCGAGAGAGUGUCGAGCCCGGAAGAAGCUGAGGUACCAGUACCUGGAGGAACUGGUUUCCAGUAAGGAGAGAGCCAUCUGCGCCCUGCGGGAGGAGCUGGAGAUGUACAAGCAGUGGUGUUCGGCCAUGGAUCAGGGGAAGAUCCCGUCAGAGAUCAAAGCUCUGCUGACGGGAGACGAGCAGAAGCUGCCUCCAGGGGGCAGCAGCACCAAGACGUCCAAGAACAAGAACAACAUCAGCAGCAGUAACGGCUGAAAGGGAACGUGGACCUGUGAGAGACUCGGUGUGUUUAACCUGCUGCUGCUGCUGAUGAUGAUUCUGUCCGCUUCAAACACACACACACACACACACACACACACACACACACUAACCACAGGAACACACACCCACACACUAACCACAGGAACACACACACACACACACACACAC